AUGUCUUCUUCACAUCGCUUCCUGUCAUUGCAUUGGGAGUAUUUGAUCAAGAUGUAUCUUCUCGAUUUUGUCUCAAGAAGAAUGUUCUUUUCUUUAUUUGGGAGAAGCUUUGGGCAUUUCGUACAAGUUGUAAAGAAAGAUGUCGAUUUUCUUAAGAAGAAUUUCAGUCUCCUUCUUGGCCUCGGCCUUAUUAUCCGAGUUUUGCUUAUUCUCACUUUCUCCAUAAUCUCUAUUUUUGGCAUAAUUUACUUCCGAACUUCACUUGCUCAUGUUCAUGCCAAUGAAGAUAACCAUAUUGCUGAUGCUGAAUCUGAUGGGUUUGAAUUGGAAAUCAGUGCUCUUGUCAUGAAACUAAGGCCAAUCAAACAGGGAAGUAGAAUUCAAGCAACAAUAAAAAUAAAAAAUAUUAUUCCUGUGUUUGAAUCCCUAUUCGAUGAAGGAGCUGUCCGGGAGAUCAGUAACUUCGCUAUGGCUAGCAAUGAAAGCGAAUACAUGCUUGUCCCUCAAAAACAUAAAAUCAAUUUCUACAAAACCACAAAAGUUCGUGUAUCCAAUGACUUUGUUGAUACAAUAGAUCCUUAUCAUUUUAUCUCUUUCCCAGAUUUGCUAGCCAGGAACUUUGACACUCGUGUUGUAUUUGAUUUUCUAGGUGAAGUUGUGUCAACUGAUCUCAUGCAAGUCAUUGUUGAGUAUGGAAGAGAGAAAAGGUUAAUGAAUCUGGUUGCUCAGGAUUUAAGUGGUACGAUAAUUGCAGUCGCUUUGUGGGGCAGUUUUGCAAUGAAGCUGAAUACUUACAUUUCACAACAUAAUAAUGACACUGCUCCUGUUAUUAUCCUGCUACGUUUGGCCAAACUCAAAAUUUGGGGUGGUCAACCUCAAGUUGGUAAUUGUUUGUUUGGGUCUAGAUUGCAUAUAAAUGAUGAUAUGCCUCAGAUUUUGGAGUUCAAAUCAAAUCUUAAUGCUUUAGAUACGAAUGUUGAGUCUUCUAGACGUAUCCAUGGAACGAAGGGAAAUAGCAUCAAUACAGCAAGAGCAUUAUAA